AGAAAGCUCUUGGAGAAGCUAGAAGAAGGGCUGCGGGCCCCACCUCACAACCCAGACCAGAAGAGCAGGAGAAGCCGGCUGGGCAGGGGGAGCCAGCGUUGUGCCUCUCGAGCCAUGGGCCAUAGGGAACCACAAUCCGCAAGCCUGUGCAGAAGUAGGUGAGUCUUGGAGCUGUUGACCUGCACUGAGCUGUCCCCAUAUCUUCCCUGGUAGUCACUGGCAUGGCCUGGCUAGUGCUAUCAGGUAUACUACUAUGCAUGUUGGGUGCUGGAUUGGGCACUUCAGACUUGGAGGAUGUUCUGCCUCCUGCUCCCCACAACUGCCCCGAUAUAUGCAUCUGUGCUGCCGAUGUGUUGAGCUGUGCGGGCCGUGGGUUACAGGACUUGCCGGUAGCACUGCCUACCACUGCUGCAGAACUCGAUUUGAGCCACAACGCACUCAAACGCCUGCACCCGGGGUGGUUAGCGCCCCUCUCCCGGCUGCGUGCCUUGCACCUAGGCUAUAAUAAGCUGGAAGUCCUGGGCCAUGGUGCGUUCACCAAUGCCAGUGGCCUGAGGACACUUGACCUGUCCUCUAAUAUGUUAAGGAUGCUCCAUACCCAUGACCUGGAUGGCCUGGAGGAGCUGGAGAAGUUACUUCUGUUCAAUAACAGCCUGAUGCACUUGGACCUGGAUGCCUUCCAGGGCCUGCGCAUGCUUAGCCACCUCUAUCUCAGCUGCAACGAGCUCUCCUCUUUCUCUUUCAACCACUUGCACGGUCUGGGGUUAACCCGCCUGCGGACUCUGGACCUCUCCUCCAACUGGCUGAAACAUAUCUCCAUCCCUGAGUUGGCUGCACUGCCAACUUAUCUCAAGAACAGGCUCUACCUGCACAACAACCCGCUGCCCUGUGACUGCAGCCUCUACCACCUGCUCCGGCGCUGGCACCAGCGGGGCCUGAGUGCCCUGCAUGAUUUUGAACGCGAGUACACAUGCUUGGUCUUUAAGGUGUCAGAGUCCCGAGUGCGCUUUUUUGAGCACAGCCGGGUCUUCAAGAACUGCUCUGUGGCUGCAGCUCCAGGCUUAGAGCUGCCUGAAGAGCAGCUGCACGCGCAGGUGGGCCAGUCCCUGAGGCUCUUCUGCAACACCAGUGUGCCUGCCACUCGGGUGGCCUGGGUCUCCCCGAAGAAUGAGCUGCUUGUGGCGCCAGCCUCUCAGGAUGGUAGCAUCGCUGUGUUGGCUGAUGGCAGCUUAGCCAUAGGCAGGGUGCAAGAGCAGCACGCAGGCGUCUUUGUGUGCCUGGCCAGUGGGCCCCGCCUGCACCACAACCAGACACUUGAGUACAAUGUGAGUGUGCAAAAGGCUCGCCCCGAGCCAGAGACUUUCAACACAGGCUUUACCACCCUGCUGGGCUGUAUUGUGGGCCUGGUGCUGGUGUUGCUCUACUUGUUUGCACCACCCUGUCGUGGCUGCUGUCACUGCUGUCAGCGGGCCUGCCGCAACCGUUGCUGGCCCCGGGCAUCCAGUCCACUCCAGGAGCUGAGCGCACAGUCCUCCAUGCUUAGCACUACGCCACCAGAUGCACCCAGCCGCAAGGCCAGUGUCCACAAGCAUGUGGUCUUCCUGGAGCCGGGCAAGAAGGGCCUCAAUGGCCGUGUGCAGCUCGCAGUAGCUGAAGACUUCGAUCUGUGCAACCCCAUGGGCUUGCAACUCAAGGCUGGCUCUGAAUCAGCCAGUUCCACGGGCUCAGAGGGUCUCGUGAUGAGCUAGACUGCCUGAGAUCUCCUGCUGCUUGCCCUGCUUGCUGCUGCAGUCUAAAGAACUGACCUGCUGGUGGGGCGUGCUGUGCCUGGUCCCACAACUGCAUGUGAGCCUUGAUCCUACUGUAACAGUUCUAACACUAGCUCAGGACAAGGUCUCAGACUACUAGAGCCUGCUUCCCCUAGGACCACAGAGUGACCAAAUGUCCCAUUAACAUUACAGACUAAGCCAAUCUGAUAAAAGCCCUGGCAUCAGAGUCUGGGGACCACCCCCAGGAGUUAAUGCAGAUGUCAGGGUGUGGUAUAGAAGAGUCAAGCAUACCACACUUCCCCUCCCUGCCCGGAGGGAACUGGCAGCUCAGAAGAUCCAGCUUCCACUCUGAGAUGGAAGGAGGAAAUGAGCCUUCCCUGUACUGAAAGAGGACCCAGUCUGCUGCCACCCAGCCUCCUGAAAGCUUUGCAACUCCUGUGGAGUCUGGUGGGCAUACACACCUACAGGACCCUCCUACAGAGUAGCCCUGCUGUCUUCAGCUACAGGCAGACCCAAUCCCUAAGGCUCACAACCCAGCAGGAAAAAGCAUAGAUAGGUGACUAACCUGGGACUCUUGUCUUUGGAGAGCAGGAGGCCUCUCAAGAGCUGGCACUCAUCUCAACCUAAUGGCUAAACAGAGCCCUCAGGGCAUGCGCCCUGCACACCCACUGGGGUGGGUGUGGAAGACGGUCAGUGCCUGCCCAAUGAUGAGCUGGCAGCACUGUGCUGUCUGACUGCUAUGACAUUUUGUAAUAAAAGUGGUACAUGAUCAUC